AUGGCCGAAAUGAUGAAGAUGCUCGGCGGCAUGAAAGGCGGCGGCAAAGGUGGUGAUGACGACGGCGAAGGGGGCGGCGGAAUGGACAUGGAGGCUAUGAUGCAAAUGCUUGGUGGAAUGGGAGGUGGCAAGGGUGGCGGCGGCAUGAUGGGCGGGAAAGGUGGCGGCAUGGGCGGGAAAGGUGGCGGCCAGGAUUCCAAAGACGACGGCGAGAAAACGUCGCCGGAUGGCAAGUACAUCUGGCAGCAGAAGGGCGAGGAGAUCCAAGUGCGUUUUGUCGAGCACAAGGAGCUCACAAAGAAAGACAUCAAGGUCAAGUUCGGCCGGUUCAACCUCAAAGUAGAAGUGAAGGGAGAAGUUGUUGUCGACGGAAAGCUUUUUUCUUCUGUGGACACGGACGAGUGCACCUGGACCAUCGAUCCAGACACGAAAGAGCUCCAAGUCAUGCUUACCAAGCAAGAGAGUGACAAGCAGUGGAACAGUCUUUUUGCCGCCUGA